AUGGUUGACCGAAUCCAUGCAGACGAGGGCAGUGCAGCCAACAUUCUACAAUUGGCAGUCAUCCAACAGAUGGACUUAGAGACAAAGAUCAAUAAAUCAGUCAAGUCACUGACUGGCUUCAAUGGCGCAACAACGGUUACCGUGGGCAUGAUAGAUCUCGACGUCUACUCCCCACUUGAAUGUAGAGAGGCCAUAAAGUACUAUGCAUGCAGGUGUGCUAGAAGACUAAGGUUUGUGAAGAAUGAGCCUAAUAGGGUGAGGCUGGUAUGUGAUGGUAAUAAUGAGGGUGAUAAGGCAAAGAGGUAUACCAAGGGUCAAAAAGUAAGAGGCAUGCUAAGGGUGAUAAGGCAAAGAGGCAUAGUAAGAGUGAUUAGUGUAAGAGGCAUGGUAAGGGUGAAUAGGGUGAAGAUGAACUUCAAGAUUGUCCUUGGUUAUUGUAUGAUGCACAUGUUGGGAAAGGACCCACUGUUUGAUGAGGAUCUCAGAACCAAUCCUAACAUGUCAGUUGCUGACUUCAUGUCAUUGGCGAGAAAACAUUACAGUAUAGAUGUUACUAGGGACCAAUGCUACAAGGCAAAGAAUUUGGCAAAGGAGAGAAUUCAAGGAAGCAUUGAAGAACAAUAUGCAAAGUUGUGGGAUUAUUGUGAGCUUAAGAGGAAAAACCCAGGGAGCACAGUUUUAGUGAAGACAUCAUUGAAAGGAGAUGAUCUAGUUUUUGAGGGGCUUUAUAUAUGUUUUGCUCAACUGAGGAAGUGGUUUUUUGAAGGAUGCAGAACCAUGGUUGGAUUUGAUGGGGCUUUCAUCAAAGGACAACAUCCAGGACAACUUUUAAGUGCUGUUGGGAUUGAUGCCAACAAUGGCAUGUUCCCAAUAGCUUUUGCUAUUGUGGAGACAGAAAGCAAAGACACUUGGACAUGGUUUUUAGAUAUAUUCUUCAAUGAUGUUGGGGUAAGAGGUACUGGAAAUGGAUGGGUUUUUAUCACUGACAAACAAAAAGGAUUGGGGCAAGCAAUUAAGGCUUUCAAGCCAGAUGCUGAACAUAGGCAUUGUGUAAGGCAUCUACACAAUAAUUUCAAAAUUGCUGGGCAUGGUAGUUUGGCACUUAAACAGAGGCUAUGGGCUGCUGCUAAAAGUACAAUACUUCCUUGGUGGGAAGCUGAGAUGGACAAUAUUAUGGAAAUAUCUGGCCCAGCUCAUGCAUAG